AGAAUGGCUCGCUCAUGAGAGAGAAGAUCCGCGACGAGUCGGCUUCCGGUUCCUGGAGCGAGUUCUCGAAGGCGCUGCGGUCCACGGAGAUGGGGAAUGGCGGAAGCUUGGGUUUUUAUUUUGACGUCAAGGAGAUCACCCCUGAAAUGAUCGGGCGGCAUAGGUUUAGCCCAGAAAACCGUGAGGUCCCAGCGUUCCCCGCGGAUGUGGAGAUCCGAGCACUGAUUGAAGGACAGUUCAUGGCCAAGAGGAUUCAUGCCGAGGGCCUGGGCUAUCGAGUCCUGCCCAAGACAAAGAUUUUGGCCACUGGAGGGGCAUCUCACAACAGAGAUAUACUACAA